AUGGCCGGGCUGCCCCGCAGGAUUAUUAAGGGAACCCAGCAUUUGCUGGCAGAACCAGUUCCUGGGAUAAAAGCAGAACCAGAUGAAAGCAAUGCACAUUAUUUUCAUGUGGUCAUUGCAGGCCCACAGGAGUCCUCCUUUGAGGGAGGGACUUUUAAACUUGAACUAUUUCUUCCAGAAGAAUACCCAAUGGCAGCUCCUAAAGUAUGUUUCAUGACCAAAAUUUAUCACCCUAGUGUAGACAAGUUGGGAAGAAUAUGUUUAGAUAUUUUGAAAGAUAAAUGGACCCCAGCAUUGCAGAUCCAUACAGUGCUGCUCUCAAUCCAAGCUUUGUUAAAUGCUCCCAAUCCAGAUGAUCCAUUAGCAAAUGAUGUAGCUGAGCAGUGGAAGACCAAUGAAGCCCAAGCCAUAGAAACAGCCAGAGCAUGGACUAAGCUAUAUGCCAUGAAUAAUAUUUAA